AUGUUCUCUGCCAUGCUGAUGAACGCCUACCGCGACGAACGCCCCGGGAUCCGCAUGGCCUACAGAACGGACGGUCAUCUCCUGAAUCAACGGCGGAUGCACUUCCAAUCGCGCGUAUCCACAACCACCGUUCAUGAACUCCUCUUUGCCGACGACUGCGCCCUAAACACCACCUCGGAAGAGGAGAUGCAACGGAGCAUGGAACUGUUCUCCGCCGUCUGCGAGAACUUCGGUCUGGUCAUUAACACGCAGAAGACGGUGGUGAUGCACCAACCGCCACCCAACUCAGCCACAGCCUCCAACGCGCCGCCGAAAAUCAGCGUGAACGGAACCCAACUGAAGGUGGUGGAGAACUUCCCGUACCUGGGCAGCACUCUCUCCCGCAACACCAAGAUCGACGACGAAGUCGCCAACAGGAUCUCGAAAGCCAGUCAAGCCUUCGGUCGCCGCCAAAGCACAGUUUGGAAUCGUCACGGUCUUCAGCUGAGCACGAAGCUGAAGAUGUACAAGGCCGUCAUCCUUCCGACACUACUGUAUGGAGCGGAGACUAGGAAGGUGUAAGCAAAGCAGGCACGUCGUCUGAACCACUUCCACCUCAGUUGUCUUCGUCGCAUCCUGAGGCUGAACUGGCAGGAACGAAUCCCCGACACUGAUGUGCUGGAACGGACUGGAAUCCUCAGCAUCUACGCCAUACUGAGGCAAAUUCAGCUGCGCUGGAGCGGCCACCUGGUGCGCAUGGACGACGAGCGACUACCCAAACGACUCUUCUACGGAGACGUCGCGACGGGUUCUCGUCGCCAAGGAGGCCAGAUUCGCCGUUACAAGGAUACCCUGAAGUCCUCCCUGAAACGCCUGCAAAUCAACCCCACCAACUGGGAGGAGCUCGCACUCGAUCGACCGACCUGGAGGAGGACAGUGAAGACAGGCGCUGCGAUCUACGAAGCCAACCGCAUUGCUGCCGCCAAAGCGAAACGUGAAGCCCGCAAAUCACAACUUCGCCCAGUCAGCAACGUCGCACAACCGCUUCCAACGUGUCCUCGAUGUCAGCGAACAUUCCGGGCUCGAAUCGGACUUGUUGGACAUCUUCGGAUUAACUGCGCCUCUCAAACUGCACCAACCAUCGUCCCCCCGCCUGCCUCUUCCUCCUCCUCUCCGCCGCCAACUAACCCUGACAAUUCUUCUGACCCACCACUUCCAUCAUCCUCCUCCUCCACCUCCUCCUCCUCCUCGCCCACUGCUCCAACGGCGGCCGCUCAGGCGACUGUCCCACGCACAGCAACCGACACUACCACCACCUCCCCUGACUCCAGGGAUGAGGAUCAGGACUACACCUGCCCUCACUGCGACCGUACCUUCACCUUACACAUCGGCCUGGUCGGUCACUUGCGAAUCCAUCGCACAGAGACUGGCGAACCAGUGCGUGAAGCACCAACCUACACCCACCGCACUCGCCUCCACUGCCCACACUGCCCUCGCACCUUCAGACAUCGCAUGGGCCUAUUCGGCCACAUGCGCAUCCACGAUAGUGGCCUUGGCCGCACUCCCGACACGCCCACCACAUCCAACACAUCCACCGUGCACACCCCCACCCUCGUUCCAUCCGUCCGCGCCACCACCACCACCACCACCACCGCCUCCUCUGUAGCUGACACUGACAACGCCGACUUCUCAUGCCCACACUGUCCACGCACAUUCACCUCACGCAUCGGCCUGGUCGGUCACUUGCGAAUCCAUCGCACAGAGCCUGGCGAACCAGUGCCUGGAGCACCCACCUAUACCCACCAAGCUCGUCUCAACUGCCCACACAGCCCUCGCACUUUCAGGCAUCGCAUGGGCCUAUUCGGCCACAUGCGCGUCCACGACGACCUGCGGUAG